UCGCAAGUUUCAAUUCAAGGACAAGCCGAAGGAAAACCGAAACGGAAUUUUUUGUCGCUUUAAAAAUCCACCGAAUUCACAGAAAUUUUACCAUUAUUUCAGAGAUGUCAAACGCUAUUUUCUCUGGUUUCGUCGUUCUGCUUUUGUUUGUAAUAACAUGUGAGGGCCAAUUUGACAAUGUACGUUGCAAGUGCAUCUGUCCCGCUGAACCUGAUAUAAAAAGGGAUGUAGACAUCCAGGUUGUGACUGUAUCUGUCGCUGAAGAAUGUUCCUGUGAGUUGGUGAUGAAAAGGAAUGAGAGUGACUGUCUUCGAUGUGAAUGCAAAUAUGAGAGUCGAAACAUCACCACCAUCAAGGUUGUAAUUUUCCUGAUCAUCGUCGUGGUCAUCUGCCUCUUCCUCUACCUGAUCAUUCUCUUCUUCAUGGAUCCAGAGAUGUUUCGAUCCAAACUCACCGAACCCCAGAUGGAAGACACGCUCACCCCUCAACUAGAUUCAUUGAGCACAGGGCAGCCAUCAUCCUACCUAGGUCGUGUGGGUAGCGCACAGAGAAGAUGGAGAUCACAGGUUCAACAACAGAGGGAGAAUAUCUUCGAUAGACACACCAUACUCAGCUGAAUCAGCAGUUCUACUGUCGAUUUCUUCCCAUUAUCAGAGCCUCAUUUCACAAAACUUGUCAUCAGUGACAAAUCAGCAGAUUUGUCAAUGAUUUUUGUCAUUUUUCAUUGAAAAAAAUUGUGGGUCCCAGCUCAUCUAAUGAUCCUGGGUAGCAUAUAAAAAAGUACAAGUUCUUGGACAUCCCAUUGAAACAAUGAACUAUCAACAAUAUAAAUUCUGUAGAUUUGUGAUGUCCCUUGAGAAACCAAUGGUGAGAGCAACCUGUGGCAUGAAUGAUCUGCUAAAGUUCAAGUCCAACUUAAGCCAAUCGUAGUCUUUGGGGAACACCCCCCCCCCCGGAAUCUUACUGCUCCCAAUAUUUUUGCCUGCAAUUUAGUAGAGAUCCUACGUUUUGGAUCGCUGUGGUUCUCCGUCGGGCAGACCAAAUUAUCCUUGCCGUGUUCUCAUCUCUUGUAAUAUACCAAGAAACAACAAUAUAUAUACGGUAAUGAGAAAUAUAUAAAGAGAAUGGGGUCACUGAUGCUAUAUUGUACAUGAUUUUCUUUCAGUGAUUUCUUUCAGUGACUUCUUUCUCAUUACAAGAUAUAGGUUGGUCCAGCAUGUGCUAGAUUGCCUAUCUCUUGUAAUGAGAAUGGGGUUACUGAUGUUAUAUUGUAUAUGAAUAUCUUUCAGUGACCUCUUUCUCAUUACAAGAUAUAGGUUGGUCCAGCAUGUGCUAGAUUGCCUAUCUCUUGUAAUGAGAAUGGGGUCACUGAUGUUAUAUUGUAUAUGAAUAUCUUUCAGUGACCUCUUUCUCAUUAUGAGAGAUAUCGUGAUCCAGCAUGCGCUAGAUCGCCUAUCUCUUGUAAUGAGAAUGGGGUUACUGAUGUUAUAUUGUAUAUGAAUUUCUUUCAGUGACCCUUAUCUCAUUACGUAGGAAUAGGGUGAUCCAGCAUGCGCUAGAUUGACUAUCUCUUGUAAUGAGAAUGGGGUUACUGAUGUUAUAUUGUAUAUGAAUUUCUUUCAGUGACCCUUUUCUCAUUACGUAGGAAUAGGGUGAUCCAGCACGCGCUAGUCCGCCUAUCUCUUUCAAUGAGAAAGUGGUCACUGAUGUUAUAUUAUUGUGAUGUAACUUAUUUAUGUAUUCGUCACUGCUAUUUUAUCAUGUAUACUUGAUUCAAAUUUUAUAUUGUACCCAAGACAGAUGUCAGUCUUUGGACUGUUUGUUCUAGGUUUUUGAUGUGAUUUGAAUUGAUUUCAAUAAAACCUAUAAAUAUAUAUAUAUAUGUAAACUAAUUUCUUUCAGUGACCCAUUUCUCAUUACACGCGAUAAGGGUCACUGAUGUUAUAUUAUCCAUAUACAAAUGUCUUGUGUCAUUGCAUAAUUUGGCAUAGAAAAUCUUCCAUGGGAAGAAACUCAACACAACAUCAAUGUUUGUGUCAAAACAGAGAAGACAAAUACUUUCUUGAUCCAGACUAUGUACAACAUUAAAAAUUCUUGUGUAUGAUUUGGCAGCCUUGGUGAAGAUAGGGUCAAAGGUCAAAAGGCUAUUACAUCUUUAACGACAAAA